AUGCGGGGUCACCCAAGCAGCUCAAUCGAGCUCAAAUCCGAGAAAAUGCCACUGUCGCUUCGGAUUCCUACAUCUGACGACAUCCCUACGGUAGUCGCCAUUUUAUCGAAUAAAGCAAACUCGGAAUUCGACAAGUCUAUAUCCGCGACCCCACCCGACGAAUUCGAAGCCAUUGCGACAAAAUGGACAAUUGUUGCAGACCCGCCAACAUAUCGCAACUUUCUCGUUUUUUAUAACGAAGAGCCCAUUGGUAUCACCGGAUUUGGAUGGAUUGGUCCCUGUAAUGAGAAUCAGGCAACAGAUGAUCUCUCCCGGGCCGGUGCAGCGGGUAUUAUCAUUCAACCGCCAGCUCGGGGAAAGGGGCUAGCGUAUCAAGCGCUUCGCCUGGUUUUUGACUAUGGAUUUCGUGAAUUGAAAUUCCAGGAGAUUCGAGUCGGGAGUCAUUCCGGGAAUGUUCCUAUGUGGAUGCUGAUGGAACGGAAAUUCGGGAUAGAAACUACCAAGACUCCUGAGGUGGAUCGGUUUGGAAAUGAUCUAUUGUGGACUAUUCGAAGGGCGGACUAUGUCUUACAGUCUUAA